CUCCGUCGCAUUCAAGUCACGACACGAUACAGUACAUUCAUCGUCGUGAAAGUCUUCAACGUGGCCUCACCAGAGGAAACCAUUCAUCCAAUCGAGGCAUCCAAUGUAGGUCACAACUCUGCUAUUGUUAUUUGAUUGACACAACGACAAAACUCUCUUGAUUCUCUUCGAUUACGACGACCUCCAUCGCAAACAUGGCGAAGCGCAAUUCGCAAUGGCCUUGGUCGCGACGAGCAAAUAUGUUCGACCCUCCCACUCCUCUUGACAGAUUUCUCGAAUCUCCUCUUCGAGCACUAAUCAGCAUAAUCUACUCGGUCUUCCUUUUCCUCCGCGGCGCGCCUUUCAAACCACCUCAACACAAGAUUCCUGUGAAAAUAAUCUGCAUCUCAGACACCCACACGAACACGAUUCCAGUCCCUAACGGCGAUGUCCUGAUUCAUGCUGGAGAUUUGACAAACGCGGGAACCGUGAAGGAUAUACAAUCACAAUUGGACUGGAUGGCUUCUCUGCCUCACAAGGAGAAGAUUGUGAUUGCGGGGAACCACGACAGUUACUUUGAUCCGAAGUCUAGGAGGGAGGAGGAUAAAGGCAAGAAGUUAAAUUUCAGGAACAUCCACUAUCUCGAGCAUAAGGCUAUUACGCUGAAGUUUAAGGGUGGAAGGAAGCUCAAUUUCUUUGGCGCGCCUGAUAUACCAAAAUGUGGAGGGAGCGAUUUUGCAUUUCAGUAUGAGCGCGAGUCAGCUCCAUGGGAGAACCGAAUUCCUCUGGAAACCGAUGUCCUCAUUACACAUACUCCUCCACGCUACCAUCUUGACCUGAAUCUUGGCUGUGCGGGGCUUUUGGAGGAGAUCUGGCUUGUGAAGCCACGGCUGCAUGUUUUUGGACAUAUACACUCGGGACAUGGUCGAGAACCUGUGUUUUGGGAUCAAGGACAGGCUGCGUAUGAGAGACUUAUGGGCAGGUCGAAAGGUGGGCUCAUCAAGGAUAUCUUCCCAAGUAUGGCUUGGUGGGACUCCCUGAAAGUUCUAUGGUUCGGCGUGAAAGGGGUUCUAUGGCAGAGGCUUAUGGUUGGCCCACGAGGUGGUAAUGGAGGGUUGCUGGUCAAUGCUGCUAUUGUAUGGCAGUCUACGACUGAUCCUGGCAAUCCCGUUGAAAUUGUGGAACUAUGAGAGUCUGAUGGGAUAGCUUGUCCAUAAUGAAUAUUGAAAAUACUUGAGCCCACAAAAUCAC